CGUUCAUUUCGCAAUCAAAAUAGCACAUGAUUGAUGUUUGGACUUGUGGAGAGGAUAAAAACGUCAACUAAAUAAUUACCAAAGAGUGAAUAUUAACCCCCUAGGAAUAUCGAAAUGCUGGAGGAAUCGGAGUACGAGGGGGAUCUCGACGAGUACGACAUAUACAAACGAAAGUAUCAGCUCAUGCUGGACAGAUGCGAACUCCUACAACAGGAUAACGAACGACUUGUGUAUCGCAUUCAGACCGUGAGGAAGCUCUUGAAACGUACCAGGAAGGAGAAAAAAUUUCUGAUUGAUCGACUCGAUCAGCAUGGCGAUCGUUGGAGAGAGGCCCCAAUGGGUGUUUCCGAGGAGAACAGUGUGUUCCAAGCAACGGUGAAGUCCGAGAAGCAGCAGAAAACAUCGCAAACAGUGAAGGAGGAGAAACCGAAGAAGGGAACGAAGAGAAAAGGUGGCAAGACAGAUCCGAAUGCUCCAAAACGUCCGGCAAAUCCGUUCUUCCAGUUUUGUCAGGAGCAGAGGCCCAGGGUGAUGGAGAGGCUCGCUGGAGAGCCAGAACCCAGUAAACAAGAGCUCACGAGACAGCUGGCGACCACCUGGAAGUCUUUGAGUUCUGAAGAUAAAAAGGUUUACUACGAUAUGUACGAGCGAUCGAAGGAGAAAUACGUCGCUGAAAUGCAGAUUUAUAAUAAGAAGAGUGAAGACACACCUAGUCAAAUUCCCCUGCACAUAACUUAAGAGUGUCCCACAUUAAGAAUAAUAAAUAUUCAUUAUUUCGCAA